CUUGUUUUAAAUUGCUUUUAUGACCAGCUAGCUAAUCCGCUACCUAGCAAAGCCACAGCCCGUGGCCACACCGUCCCUGCCCCUGGCCCAGUCCGUGCCCCUACCUGCCCCUGAUCAGGUCAGGUGUGCGGGCGGGCCGAUAUAUAGCCGAGUCGCCAUAUCCAACAUUGCAUCAUUGUGCGUUUGAGCCUCGAUUGCUGCAGUUAUGCUGAAGCUGGUGUUAAUAAUAAUUGGAUUCGGUUCGACGGUGGUCGCCAACGACGACGGCUGCAACGAAAUGGUCUGCGGCUCGGUAGUGUCCAAGUGCCUGCUCACCCAGAGCUGCCAGUGCAAGCUGAACGAUUGCCACUGCUGCAAGGAUUGCUUGAACUGCUUGGGCGAGCUGUAUACGGAGUGCUGUGGCUGCUUGGACAUGUGCCCCAAGCACAAGGACGUGUCCGCCGCGAUGACGCUGCGCUCGGAGAUCGGCGAUGUGGACGGUGUGCCCGAGCUCUUUGAUACUCUGACCGCGGAGGACGAUGACCAGUGGUCGACCAUACGCAUACCGAUGCGCGUCGGCUUCAAGCAGCGCAUGGAGGGCGAGUCCAAUCUGAUCAGCCUGCCCCGGCACAGCCGGCCGGCGGACACCGUCAACUGCACCGUCAUCUAUGUCAACUCGUGCAUCCGAUCGAACAAGUGCAAGCAGCAGUGCGAGAGCAUGGGCGCCAACAGCUAUCGCUGGUUCCACGACGGCUGCUGCGAGUGCGUGGGCGCCCACUGCCUGAACUACGGCAUCAACGAGAGCCGCUGCAGCUCCUGUCCGGAGCAGGAUCUGCUCACUGCGGAUGCGACCAGCUCCGACGCCGACCAGGAUCUGGAGCGCAUUUUUGGCUUUGAAGAUGACGCGCCCAACGACAUGUGGGACUAUGUGGAGGACGAGGAAAUGGAUUAA